AUGUACUCAAAAGGAUUUCUCUUCAAAUUAUGUCGGAAUAAUUUUCGUUAUUUGCUAUUGUUUAUUGGCUUCUUUUGCCUUACUUCUACAAACUCAAAUUAUUCUAUUAUUAACUUUACUUUCAUUUGUAUGGCAAGUAAUUCCAGCUCAAAUGAGCAGAAUCAGACCUCUGCUUGUAGUGUGGAUUAUACUACUGCAGAAAAGACAGCGAUCAUGUGGGCAGUUUCAAUUGGUACCAUAAUUGGAACGUUUCCUCUCAAUUACUUUUAUACAAAAUAUGGAGCCAGAUGGCCGUUCUUUAUAGCUGGUGUGAUGUCAUCAGUGUCGACAGCGCUUAUACCAAAAGCAGCUAUGUUUGACUUAAGAGUCUUGUUGCUUCUUCGAUUUAUACAGGGUGUGUCAUACUCGGCUAACUUUGGAGCUAUUGGAGUCCUUUGCGUUCGUUGGGCUCCAUUGUCUGAGACUAGUAUUUUUAUUAGUACCUUGACAAGUUUCACACCUUUUUCCGCCACAGCGACGAACUUUAUUUCUGGAUGGUUGUGUAACACAAGAUUUGGUUGGCCGUCCGCAUUCUAUUUUCAUGCUCUUUUCGGAGCUCUAAUGUUCCUAUUUUGGGCACUUUAUUAUCGUGACGAUCCGCAGUUUUAUCCUAUUAUUAGUGAAAAGGAACUCCAUAGAAUUCAGGAAGGCAAGACACUGGCGCAUAUUCAACGAGACAGCUUUGUGCCUUAUAAGGAACUAUUAAAAAACAAGGUAGUUCUUAUCGUAUGGUUCAAUGCUUUUGUGUCGUUGGUAACUCUGACGUUACUAAUAACGUACGCUCCACUGUACUUUCAUGAGGUACUCGGAUUUAGCAUCCUAGAAACAGGUACUCUCGCAUCAAUUUCUUCUGCCAUUCACCUCCCCAUAAAAAUUGCCGGUGGAGUUGUUAGUGAUCGACUCACAAUCAUCUCAGAACGUGGUAGAAUGUGGUUAUUCAACACUAUCUCCGUCGGGAUGACAGGUGUUUUUUGUACGUUGAUUGGAAUUUUUCCAAACGAUUGGGGGAAGACGGGCGUUGUAUUGUUCACACUUGCCACCACGUUUAUUGGACUUAAUACGGGUGGAUAUUACAAAUGCGGAACUCUUUGUGCAAGACAAUAUGCUCAUGUAGUUCUAACUGUUAUACAAUUUAUGAAAUGUGUUGGUUUAUUUGUUGCCCCGGGAGUUCAUGGCAUAUUUGUGCAGGAUGAAAGCAGAUACGAUCAGUGGCGAUAUGUUUUCUGGGUUCACGGGAUUCUACUUAUUAUUGCUAACUUUAUAUUCCUUCCUAUAGCAACCGACAAACCUGCAUCGUUUACGAAUAUAACAAGACUGACAAAGAAUUAUGGGUCGUUAUCUGAAUCGAAUAAGUCGAAUAGAAAAAUUGAGGAAGCUAUCACCCACUGA